CCCGGCCCCCGGGUGAGGCAAGAGCCGUGCUGGAGCGGGUCCUGCUCCCUCCUCCUUCACUCGGUGCUCCCGCUGGCUCGGAGCGGCUCAAGGAGCGGUAGGAGACUCGGAUCGGCCCCACCCGGAGGAUCCCAGAGAUGGCGAAGUACACGAGAGGCACCGUGACAGCCUUCUCUCCUUUCGAUGCCAGAGCUGAUGCAGAAGCUCUUCGUAAGGCCAUGAAGGGAAUGGGGACUGAUGAGGAAACUGUGCUGAAGAUCCUGACCAGCAGAAACAAUGCUCAGCGCCAAGAAAUUGCAUCUGCCUUUAAAACCUUGUUUGGCAGGGAUCUUGUAGAUGACCUGAAAAAGGAACUUACUGGCAAAUUUGAAACAUUGAUGGUGUCUUUGAUGAGACCAGCAUAUAUUUUUGAUGCUCAUGCACUGAAGCAUGCCAUCAAGGGAGCAGGAACCAAUGAGAAAGUGUUGAUUGAAAUUCUUGCCUCCAGAACACCCGCGGAAGUGCAGCAGAUUAAACAGGUUUAUCUGCAAGAGUAUGAGGCUAACCUGGAGGACAAGAUCACAGGAGAAACAUCAGGCCAUUUCCAGAGGAUGCUGGUGGUCCUGCUGCAGGCAAACAGAGAUCCUGAUGCUGGAGUUGAUGAGAGUCUUGUUGAACAGGAUGCUCAGGUCCUGUUUAGAGCUGGGGAGCUGAAAUGGGGAACAGAUGAAGAAAAGUUCAUCACCAUCUUGGGAACUCGCAGCAUUUCCCACCUAAGGAGGGUGUUUGACAAGUACAUGACUAUUUCCGGCUUCCAAAUUGAAGAGACCAUUGACCGGGAAACCUCUGGUGACUUGGAGAAGCUGCUCUUGGCAGUUGUGAAAUGCAUCCGAAGUGUGCCUGCCUAUUUUGCUGAGACUCUCUAUUACUCCAUGAAGGGGGCUGGCACUGAUGAUGACACCCUCAUCAGAGUCAUGGUUUCCAGGAGCGAGAUUGAUCUGUUGGAUAUUAGACGGGAAUUCAGGAAGAACUUUGCAAAAUCCUUGUAUCAAAUGAUUCAGAAAGACACGUCUGGGGACUACAGGAAAGCACUGCUGCUGCUCUGCGGUGGCGAAGAUGACUAAUGGGCACCCCCGGGAUCUCUUGUACUCCAGCUUUGCACCCCGUAGUUGGCACGUCUGCCUAAGUUUUUAUACCUUAAUGCUUUGUGGCUGCUUGAAUUUAUACUGGCAUUGCACUUAUUAGGAAUGAGCAUAUUGUUAUCCAAACGAUCCCUUCUUCUCCCCCACAUCCCAACUUACAGGAGUUUCAAGUGCCUUCGGUGAUAUGAGAGUCAUCUUCAUGGAAGAUGGAUGCUGAGAACCAAGUUCUUUGCAAGGGUUUUUGCUGAAAUAGGAAAAAAUAAUGUAUUGCACUAAUCAUUUGCAGGUUAUCCUUUUGUGCACACAUUUCCCCUGAAUGUUAAGCUGGUUCUAACAUGGCAAACAAAGCAAAGAUAUCAUUUGUAUGUAAUGUCUGAAUGAGUUUGCUGGACAUAACACUAGCAACCAUUGGAAAUCUACAGGACCAAUAAAUUUUUCCCCUCUUA